AUGGACAGCAGCAGCGAGCCGCUGGGGGCGGGCGAGGACGAGGCGGCGUGCACCUCGGCCUCCGAGGGCCUGGAGGAGGGGGAGGUGGAGGGCGAAACCUUGCUGAUCGUGGAGUCCGAGGACCAGGGAUCGGUGGAUCUGUCGCACGACCAGAGUGGAGACUCGCUGACCAGCGACGUGGGCGAGGAGGCUGACGGAGGCUGGGCCUGCGAGGACAUGUCCUUCUACUGCGACCGCUGCCACAAGUGGACGCCUGCAGCUCAGCUCCGCGGUGAACAGCCAAGUUACCUGAAGGGAGACAACUUCUUCAAGUUCGUCUGCUGCGACUGCUCCGACGACGACAAGGAGAGUUUCGAGAGGAUGAGACUCACCUGGCAGCAGGUGGUGAUGUUGGCCAUGUACAACCUGUCUCUGGAAGGGACGGGUCGUCAGGGUUACUUCAGGUGGAAGGAGGAUAUCUGUGCUUUCAUUGGCCGACACUGGAACUUCCUGCUCGGAACGAGGAAGAAGACGUCGACGUGGUGGAGCACGGUGGCCGGCUGCCUGUCGGUCGGUAGUCCCACCUUCUUCCGCUCGGGAGCUCAGGAGUUCGGCGAGCCCGGAUGGUGGAAACUGGUCCAGAACAGACCUCCGACCCUGAGACCAGAGGUGGACAAAUCCACCACAAAGACGAAAGGUAACCUCUACCAGGAGCUCUCUGCCCACACCUGUCAGUUUACCCCUCGCAAGUUAAUGAAACUCAGCCUUUGUUUCCCUGCAGCCUCCAAACCUGCCGUGGAUCCGAUCAUCACCGUCGAGGGUCUGAGGAAACGUGGAGCCAGGAACCCUGUGGAAAACGCCAUGCAGCUGAAGGAGAAGCGCUCUCGUACGCAGGAGGCCAAAGACAUCCGGAGGGCUCAGAAGGAGGCGGCGGCGGGAGGCUACACCGAUCGCAGCGCCUCCUCCACGCCCGUCAAACUGGGCGGAGGUCGCGGUGUCAGCGCUGGACGCCGGCCUGAUCUCGUCCUGGAGAAAGGUGAGGUCAUUGAUUUCUCCUCGCUCAGCUCUUCAGACCGAACGCCGCUCACCAGCCCCUCACCGUCCCCUUCACCUGACUUCUCUGCCCCGGGGACGCCGGCCUCUCACUCAGCUACACCCAGCCUGUUGUCGGAGGCAGACCUCAUCCCUGACGCCAUGCCUCCACAGGCGCUGUUCCACGACGACGAAGAGAUGGAGACGGAGGGAAUGAUCGACCCCGGCAUGGAGUACCUCCCCCCUCCCAGCGCCAGCCUUGUCGCCCGUAAGAAGCUCCGCCCGGCGCCAACUCACAUCAAACGCGAAGCAGAGAGUGACGACGACGAAGGGCGUGAGCACGAGGACGACUUCCACGAGCCAGUGGGACGAAGUGAAGGUCCGUCUCUCUCUGCCGGGGGCUGUGUCGGCGCCGGUGGGCCGGAGCGGAGGAGGAUAACUCAUCCAGAGAAAGCAGACGGACGAGGCGGCAUCUCCCAGAGUCCUCGCUACUCCGCCCUCACUCUCUACGAGGAGAGGAUGCUGCUGCGACGGCUGGACGCCUGCCCGCUGGCCUUGGCCGUCACCCCGCAGGCUAAACGCCUCCACAGGAAGCUGCUGAUCCGCCAGGCCAAGAGGCAAAGAGGGCUCCCCAUGCUGGACAUAGAUCGGGCGAUCAGCGCCACCCUCACCCUGGUGGGAGGGAUCUACGGCGCCCAGGAGGCGGGGACACUGAUGGGAGGCGGAGUCCUGGGAAAGUACUGCACCAAAAGCCAGGAGCUGCGUGUUCUCGAUCGCUUCCAGACCAACUUCUCCAGCAGACGGGGAGUUCAGCAGCAGUCUGUGUCCUUCUGGCAUCGUCUGAUGGGAGCACAAGGCAGUUUGGACCAGAGCAUCAAGAGUCCGUAUACGUCCCGACUCCUGAAACCGUACAUCAGGAGGGACUAUGAGAGUCGUCCGGUGAAGCUCAGGUUGCUGGCACAGAUCAGAGCUCACCAUCACAGAGCAGAGCCGGACUGGGUCCCCGAGCCUGAUGCCCCGAUCGACUACUGCUACGUCCGGCCAAACCACAUCCCCUCCGUCAACGCCAUGUGUCACGACAGCUUCUGGCCAGGUGUGGACCUGUCCGAGUGUCUGCAGUACCCAGACUUCAGCGUGGUCGUCCUCUACAAGAAAGUGGUGGUCGGCUUUGGUUUCAUGGUGCCGGACGUCAAGUACAACGAGGCGUACAUCUCCUUCCUACUAGUCCACCCCGAGUGGAGGAGAGCCGGCAUCGGCACCUUCAUGAUCUACCAUCUCAUCCAGACGUGUAUGGGGAAGGAUGUGACGCUGCACGUGUCGGCCAGUAACCCUGCCAUGCUGCUGUACCAGAAGUUUGGCUUCAAAGCGGAAGAGUACAUCCUGGACUUCUAUGACAAGUAUUAUCCCGUCGACAGCACCGAGUGCCGCCACGCCUUCUUCCUCCGACUGAGACGCUGACACCAGGACGCCUCACAGGUUGUUUUGUUGUGGUCUCCUGGACUCUGGCUGCUGAGGGAGGGGACAUGUGACUCUGUAUCUCACUCGGAGCCGUCGGAUGGAGCAACGCUCGUUUCAGCCAAUCGGCAUGAAGCCCCUGAUGAUUUUCUAGUUUUUCUUGUUCAUAAAGGUCUUGACUGUU